UUGUGAGUCGUCUCCCAGUGUUCAUUUAAAAGAUCCAGUUCAAAGAGUCGAUUCGUUCGCGAACGACACGGAACAACAAAGAACAGGCAACAUGGCGGACAGGCUAACGCAACUCCAAGAUGCAGUCAAUUCCUUGGCUGAUCAGUUCUGUAACGCCAUCGGAGUGCUGCAGCAGUGCGCCCCUCCCGCUUCCUUCAGCAACAUCCAGACCGUCAUCAACAAAGAGCAGCCGUCAAACCCCACAGAAGAAUAUGCACAGCUUUUUGCUGCACUGAUCGCAAGAACGGCUAAAGAUGUUGACGUCUUGAUCGACUCUCUGCCCAGUGAGGAAUCCACAGCUGCUCUACAGGCCGCUAGUCUGAGGCAGCUAGAGGAGGAGAACCAUGAAGCAGCCGCUCGGCUCGAAGAGGUGGUGUACAGAGGAGAUUUACUUCUGGAGAAGAUACAGAGUGCUCUGGCUGAUAUCGCACAGUCGCAGCUCCGCACACGCAGCGGUACAUCCAGCCAACCUGUAGCCCCUGAACCCUGACCUCACACUUCCAGCGUUAAAUUAUGGACAAUGUAUGACCUCCACAGCAGGGACAUUUCUGUUCAUUUGUGCUCCUUGAGAUCUGCCUGUACUGUUCUUCAGUCAUGCUGAGAGUCACAUUCUGGAGAUGUUUGUGGUCUUUGUACCCAGUGAUGCAAGAUGACACAAAUAUCACAAUAUUGUGCUCCCUGUAUGAUACCCAUCACAUGGAUUAAUAUGAAUGUGAGCUGAGGUGUUCAUAUUCACUGAAUAUGCACCAAAAGGUAAAGAAAAGUGUGUAUUAUUUUGCCAAGUCUCUGGAUGGUUCACUUUUUGUAACAUAGUGUGAGUUUUUGUAUUUGGAAAGUAUUUAUAGAUUUACAGAAUGGUCACAAAUCUUGAAAACAGCAUUUAAAUGUACAUUUAUGUUUGAAUUACAUUCAUCACAUUCAAUUAUUAAAUCAUUGUUUAAUCAGUUAAAUCUUUACAAGCCAUGGACAAAUUUACUGAACUUACUUUGUGUCCUCCUGAGUUGUGGUUAUAACGAUGCAGCAUUUCUCAGUGGAUUGCAAUAAAUGUUUAUCACAUCUCUGUAAAUACACAAA